AUGCGGUUCCUUCCCCGUCUCCUCAUCUCGGCCGCCCUGGCCAUCGCCACCUUCCUCAGCUGGAGGUUGCUUCUCCAGAGCCCAGCCACCGGCCGAGAAGGUGACCUGGUCCCCAAGGCGGAGGAGAGCUUCACUUUGACGUUGGACACCUUCCUUCACCUUCAGCAGCUCAGGAAGAAGAGACUGAGAGCUUUCUGUCGCCAGUCAGGCAAAGUCACCACGCUGCCAAGGAGCCGGGAGGAGAGAGCCCACCUCCUUUCGAGCUUGAGGGUAAGCACCAAGCUGGACCUCCUCUACUGCCAAGUGCCCUCAACAGGGACAGAGGAAUGGCAGCAGCUUCUGAAGGAACUAGAGGAGAAGAAAAACGUGACGUUGCCGCUUCCCUACCCUCAUCAGCACGUUCCAGAGAGGCAGCUGAGUGAGUUCAACCUGACGGAGAUCGAGGCCAUGUUGGAGUCCUACACCAAAGUGCUGUUUGUCAGGGACCCCUUCCAGAGGCUGAUCUCCACCUUCAUGCAGGGCAUGGGAAGCAGCCCUUCCUUCAGCAGCUUCGUUCAGGACGUUUUAGCCAGUGGACAGCACAACGCCAGCGUGACUUGGAAACCCCUCGUCAGCCUCUGCCGGCCCUGUCUCAUCCAGUAUGACUACGUGGUGGUAUUUGGGUUCCUCAGGCAGGAGCUGAGUCAUCUGCUGCGGCGAGCCGGGCUGCCGGCAGACAACCUCCUCCCUGAGUUCACCGACAGCAAGGUGCAGUGGACCUACAGCUGGUUAUCGGAGCAGAUGUUCAGCGAGCUGUCCCUCCAGCAGAAGCAGCAACUGUCUCAUUUCUACCGCUGGGACCUUUCUGCUUUCCCGUUUUCUAGCAGUUUGCUGACGGGCCUCCUCAGCACCCCAAAGACGUGGGAGAAAUAACCCAGGCUGGACUCUUUUUUUUUGGAGAGCAUUAAUCCAAAUGCAAAGUUCUUCAAGAUACCAGCUGGGUCACGGGCAGACCCUUGUUCCACAGCUUCAUGUUGCACUCAUCCAUGUCACAGCUCCAGAAGGCACAUCAGGGAGCUGAGACAGACUUCUGCCAGGUAUGGGGUACCAAGGCUCUUCACGUGGCUGAAGAACAUUUAAAUACUGCAGGAGUGGGUGCUAGAGACACGUGUGGUGUUGGGGCUUGGGAAAUGGCAUGAAUGGAACUGUGAUGGGGUAAAUGGCUCUCAGCAGACCUAGCGUUUUGGGGGAGGUUGGGUUGGACCCACUGCAAACCACUCUGGCACCCUCACACGUGCUGCCUUUUCAUAAUCUGGGCUGUCUUUGGAGCCAAGAGGUUUGGCAAUGGCUUCUUCGUGACAAACCUCCCCACAAAGACAGAAGAACCCCCCCAAAGCAGCAUGCUUCCUGAUGUCUGUCCACUCUGCACAAGUAGGUGAGAUAUGACACAGGCUGGCAGACCCUCACAGGCAACCACCGGUGAUGCUUCCAAUCCUUCAUGCUCCAAGAAGGCCUGGCCCAUCUUUUGGUCGUAUCUGUUCUGAACGAACUGCUCCUGUUUUACGACCACACAUCUCCUAAAGACAGCCCCAGGGAUGUGCCAUGAUGCUUGGCUCCAUUUGCAAGUUCUGAGUGAAGUUCCCCCCUUUAGAAGCUGACUCAAAUGGCCAAAGUCCAGCUUUCACCCAUACUCACGAGUAUAUGGCGGUCUUGACCAGGUACCAGCAACAUCAUGCAGCCAGGCAGCCUUCCACCUUGUCCCAGCAGUGAGUGGGCUCAGUAGAGGUGGCUAAAAUCAUAGAACGGUUUUAGUUGGAAGGAACCUUAAAGAUCAUCCAGUUCCAACCCCCUGCCAUGGGCAGGGACACCUCCCACCAGACCAGGUUGCUCCAAGCCCCAUCCAGCCUGGCCUUGAACACCUCCAGGGAUGGGGCAGCCACAGCUUCUCUGGGCAACCUGUUCCAGUGUCUCACCACCUUCAGUGUGAAAAAUUUCUUCCUGAGAUCUCAUCUAGAUUUCCCCUCUUACAGAUUAAAACUGUUCCCCCUCA